CACGCCCCCCGGGGCGGUUCGAGCCAAUGGGAGCUCGCGUUGCCUCCGGCCACCGCCCCCUCGGCCCCGCCCCGGCAGGGCUCGCCCGCCACCGCCAUCUUGGACCUGGCGCGAGUGAGGGGCGGCGGAGUCCGGGCGGGGGGGCGCCCGCCUGUGUAGCCAUGGCAACCGCCGCCGCGGAGCAGGAAAUGGCCUCGGACGUGUCUCCCUUGGGAGCAGCUUCGGGCACACCAGGACCGGCCGCAGGAAGCCUCAGCCAGAGAAGCAGCAAGCGGCGGACGGGGCUCGAGUUUGACGACGAUGGCGAAGGGAACAGCAAAUUUCUCAGAUGUGAGGAUGAUCAGCUCUCCACGGACAAGGAGCGGUUCGCCAGGUAAGAUUUUUUGCACAGCGAGGAGAAGGGGGAUCCCUUGAGCCUCUCCUGCCAAGAAGCAAGACGGCAUUUUCCGUGUUCGAAUGUAAGCAGGCCUCCUUCCCCGAUUCUUUGCAAAAUCUCGGCUUAUUGGAGUCCAGCCUGGCCUUGAAAUUAAGCCGAGUUAAUUAAAACAACACAGGAGCCUUUGAUGUUUCGCUACCUUUUAAUAUUAUGCAUGGAAGCGCCUGGCUUUUCCAAUCGCAAAGCAGUUGGCUGGAGAGAGAGCGGCCGCUGGCAUCCAGGUGUGUUUCUGUAGUUCAUGAUUUGCUAACGCCCUGAACUAAGUUCAUUGCAAAAGGGUUGUUUUUUUAAAAUCCCAUUUGUCAGUUUCAGGAAAUGGCUUGGGAUUUUGCUUUGAUUUUGUAUUUAUUUUUCCUGAUUUCUGCCAGACUUGCAAAUCAACCACCAAGCAUUUUGAGCCUGAGGUUUUUAAUUGUCUUUUGUAAUUUGUUUUGCUACCCAUUAAGAUGCCCGUCGAAACAUUCAGC